UUUUAUUCCUACGAUUUUCAGGACGCAUCCGACUCAGACGAGAAUCGAACUGUGUCGAUAUUCAUUGAUCGGAUCUACAUUCCUGAAUUUUCUCGCCUUCUUCAUCCCAGUUACGACAAUGUGAAAGUAUACGUUGAUUGGUUCUUCUUGGACUACCCACUUGAAGAAUCGAGAACUCCGGUGGCGAUUCCUCUUCCGCGGAUUCCGGAUUCACCUGGACUAUUUGUGUAUAAGAAAGAGUUUCACCUGUCGCGACGGAGGGUUGCAUUACUCGACCAAUGGUUAGAGCUUGGUAAUCGUUUGGAUUUCACGCUGGUAACAGAAGGAGAUGACAGUGAAGAACUAGCCGUAGCACAACUUGAACUCAGCCGAACCGCUACUGAUGAAACGACGACAAUCCAAUUUCUGGACAUCAACGGCGAGCACUACGCCGAUUUGGAUCUCGUCAUCACUUACUCACACAGAGAUUUUCGAUUGUUUACGAGGUUGAUGUGUACACCAAACGCUGUGAUGGCUCCCGUUGCUAAGAAGCCGCAGGUUAAGAAAAAUGCUGAGAACAUUAACACCCGAUUGUCUAUGGUCAUGAAGACUGGAAAGUAUGUCUUGGGAUACAAGCAGACUUUGAAAGCUCUCCGUAAUGGCAAGGCUAAGUUGGUUAUUAUUGCCAACAACACCCCACCUCUUAGGAAAUCCGAGAUUGAGUAUUACGCCAUGUUGGCAAAGACAGGUGUUCAUCACUACAACGGUAACAACAUUGAGUUGGGGACCGCUUGCGGUAAGCUGUACCAUGUGUGCACGCUUUCCGUAACCGAUGCAGGAGAUUCGGAUAUCAUCCGAAGUAUGCCAUCAGAGACGGCGUAA